GACGUUCGUUAUUCCCUCGGCGAUGUGGCAGGAGCAAUGGAGUACUACAAGAAAAGCCUGAGCAAUGCCGAGGAAAUCGGUGACAGGGGUGGACAAGGACAUGCCUAUUGCCGCCUCGGAAAGUUUUAUAUAAACCUCCACAACUUGAAGGAAGCAACAGAGUGUUUCAAGCAACACCUGAGCAUUGCCAAGGAGCUCGGUAACAGGAUGCAAGAAGCAUGUGCACAUACAGGUCUGGGUCACUCUCUUUCGAAAUCACAUUCUUUGAAUGAGGCUUUAGAACAUUUUAGAUGCUCUGUUAAAAUCUAUGACACUAUUAGGGCCAAUUCUAUCUCGGAAGAUCAAUUGAAAAUAAGUGUCUGUACGGAACAUCAAUAUGCCUAUACUCGGUUAUGGCAAGUUUUAGCAAUGCUUCAAAGGAAUGAUGAGGCUUUAUACGCUGCUGAGAGGGGACGAGCACAGGCUUUGCUCGAUGCGUUGAAAGUGACUUAUGGCCUUACAUCACUUUCUCCCAGGUCAAUUGAAUCUGAAGAAGUCAGAAAUAUUUCAAAGGGGACAACUGGGUUAACAGUUUUUCUUGCCCUGCAAGGGAACACACUCAAUAUCUGGGUGUUGGGAAAAGAGGGCAACCCUAUUUUUAGGCAAGCGGAGAUAGAAAUUGGUCCUGAACACGAAGAUUCCUUUACUUUCCUUUUAGACACUGUUUUGAAAAUCAUUGGGGCUGGCGUUGGUACUAAGUGCGAAAAUCGGACAAUGGAUAAGCUGAGUGAUGACUCAACUCCCUCAAGUACUCGAGAAGACAAUCGAACAUCGGAGCCAUCACAUGAGAGCACCGGCCUUUUACAGCCAUUAUAUGAUGCAGUUCUUGGUCCCAUUGAAGACUUGCUUGAUGGUGAUGAACUAAUUGUAGUUCCUGAUGGCGCUUUGUCUAAAGCUCCUUGGGCAGCCCUGAGUGAAACUUUAAGGAUCCGCACUGUUCCCUCACUGACAAGUUUGAAAGUCAUCACAGAUUCUCCAAGUGAAUACCACAGUAAAAGUGGAGCCCUGCUUAUUGGAGAUCCAUGCUUGCAGAAAAUUACAAAUAAAUGGGGUAACCCCAUUUAUAAGCAACUGGAGUACGCAAAAACGGAAGUGGAGAUGAUUGGAGAAAUUCUAAAGAGUCAACCCUUAACAGGUGAAGAUGCAACCAAAGAAGCGGUACUUCAGAGAAUCAAGUCAGUGUCUUUGGUUCACAUAGCAGCCCACGGAAGACCGGAAACCGGGGAAAUUGUUUUGGCCCCAGACCCCCGAUGGGAAUCCGACACUCCUAAGGAGGAGGACUGCAUUAUGAAAAUGUCUGACAUACAAGCUGUUAAGCUGAGAGCGAGGCUGGUUGUGCUUAGUUGCUGCCACAGUGGUCAAGGAGAGGUCUUGUCUGAGGGUGUGGUCGGUAUGGCACGUGCUUUCUUGUUUGCUGGUGCUCGUUCCGUGCUGGCGGUACUCUGGGCAAUUGAUGACGAAGCCACAAUGAUGUUUAUGAAAUCUUUCUACGAACAACUUGGAAGUGGAGAAAGUGCAAGUGUUGCUCUUCAGAGAGCCAUGAAAUGUCUUCGAGACUCCCACGAUUAUUCUGCUCCAAAGUACUGGGCUCCAUUUGUUCUGAUGGGCGAUAACGUUAAGAUUGAAUUGGAAAAAGAGUAA